AGUGCCUUUGAGUCCGCAGCAGUCGUGUAGAAACGUUGUCGUUUCGCAGAAUCUUCGACCAUUUUUGUCUAGUUUUUCCGUCUCGUCCGUGGUUUUUCUGUCUCGUCCGUGGUUUUUGCGUGUUUGUGUCGGGUCGUGAUGGGGAAAGCGGACUUUCUGAGCCCUAAGGCGAUCGGUAACCGCAUAAAAGCCAAAGGUUUGCAGAAGUUGAGAUGGUAUUGUCAGAUGUGCCAGAAACAGUGUAGGGACGAGAAUGGUUUUAAGUGUCACUGCAUGUCGGAGUCUCAUCAGCGACAGCUGCUCUUGGCGUCCGAGGAUCCAAAUAAAUUCAUGGAUUAUUUCUCUGAUGAGUUUAAGAGAGACUUCCUGGAGCUGAUCAGGAGACGUUUUGGCACGAAGCGAGUUCACAACAACAUCGUGUACAACGAGUACAUCAGUCACCGUGAACACGUGCACAUGAACUCCACUCAGUGGGAGACGCUCACAGACUUCACCAAGUGGCUCGGCAGAGAAGGUCUGUGUAAAGUGGACGAGACGCCUAAAGGCUGGUACGUCCAGUACAUCGACCGCGACCCGGAGACCAUCCGCCGCCAAGAGGAGGAGGCCAGGAAGAAGAAGCAGGAGCUGGACGAUGAAGAGCGGAGCGCCAGGUUCAUCGAGGAGCAGGUUCGCAAAGGCCGCGACGGAAGAGAGCCGGAGGCGGAAAGCGUUUACACGGAGUUGAAGCGUGAGAGUGAAGAGGAAAAAGUUGCUUUCAGCCUCGGUGCGUCUUCAUCUCUAGCUGGUCCUUCUAAGUCCAGCUCCGCCCUCAGUGCCAGCGCGCUCAGAGUGGCAGCGGCGUCCUCGACUAAGAGGAAAGACUCGUCGUCCAGUUCAGCGUCUCGACAGGAGAAGAAGAGGAAAUCUGCUCUGGAGGAGAUCAUAGAGAUGGAGGAGAGGAAGCAGCAGCAGCAGCAGCAGCAGCAGCAGCAGCUCAGGACCGAUCACUGGCUUCAGCCCAACAUCGUGGUCAAAGUCAUCACCAAGAGACUGGGAGAGAAGUACCACAACAAGAAGGCCGUCGUCACGGAGGUGAGAGACAGAUACGGAGCGGUGGUGAAGAUGAUCCAGUCUGGAGAUAAACUCAAACUGGACCAGAACCACGUGGAGACAGUCAUACCUGCGCCAGGUAAAACGGUUGUGAUCGUGAACGGCGCGUACAGAGACGCUGAGGCUGUGCUGGAGGGAAUCGACGAGAAGAACUUCUCUGCCACGCUCACGCUCACCUCAGGUAAACACAAAGGGAAACGCGUGGACGUCGCUUACGAGGAUUUCUCCAAACUGUCCUGAAACACACACACACAGUGGACGAGAAAGUCGUCUUUCUACUGGAAGGUUGUGGGUUUGAUUCCUGGCUCUGUGACUCUAUGUGCCGACGUGUCCUUGGGCAAGACUUUGAACUUUUGUGUGAAUGAAAGAUGAACGUGUGAGUGAAUACAAAUCAUGUACAUUUCCAGCGAGGAGUCACACAAACAUAAGAGCAGUGAGUUCAAUUAUUUUUUUUAUUUUUGUAUAUUUUAUUUAGAUUGAAUCGAUCAAAUGUAAAUUUUGUCCAAAUAAAGUCGACGACAGCGCCCUCUGCUGGUCAUGUGA